AUGGCAUCACCAUCGCAUAGAUAUUUUGCCAUCUUAGCUCUUUUCGCAGUUUCCCUUAAGUUUUGUUAUAGCCAAAAUGUCACAAUAGAUGACAAUGGCUGGGGCUACGCAGGUGUUACUUGGUACGGUGAAGCUGGCGGCGCCGGUAGCACCGGAGGAGCUUGUGGAUAUGGUUUGGCAGUUGCCAAUCCACCGUUGUAUGCGAUGGUUUCAGCUGGAGGUCCUUCACUGUUCAACAAUGGAAAAGGAUGUGGAACAUGUUACCAGGUUGUGUGCUUGGAGAAUCCAGCGUGUUCGAGGAGACCAAUAAGGGUGACGAUAACCGACGAGUGUCCAGGUGGUCCUUGCGCCUCCGAACCAGCCCACUUUGACCUUAGUGGCAAAGCCAUUGGGGCCUUAGCCAAACUUGGCCAAGCCGAUCAACUUCGAGCUGCUGGUGUUCUACGUAUUGUUUACAGACGUGUUCCGUGUACAUAUAGAGAUAGUUCAUAUAGUUGGUCUACUAUAGCUCUCCAUGUUGACGCCGGAGCAAAUCCAUACUACAUUGCAUUUGUUGUGGAAUACGAAGACGGCGACGGAGAUUUGGCCUCCGUUGAGAUCCAACCGGCCGGUGGAAAUUUUAUUCCCAUGCAGGAAAUGAGGUCCGCCGUGUGGAAGGUAAACUCCGGGAGUCCACUGACAGGUCCGUUCAACGUUAGACUUACUUCCGGAGAGUCUCGCAAAGUAGUCGUUGCUCAGGCUGUUAUCCCGGUGAAUUGGAGGGCCGAUGCGACUUACCGAUCGAUCGUUAACUUUUAA